CCAAAGAUUGCGAUUUUGAUGAUCCAACCAAGUGUUGUACAAAAUGUUGCGAAUUUGGUGGCCCAAGGUUUGGCACAUUUCAACUUGGGCCGGGUUUGUUCUAUGAUUUGGGCUGAAGGCCAAGAAACUGUGGAGGCUGGUUGGUUUGGGACAGGAAUUGGCUGGUUGGGAGAAGCGCUCUUUUGUUGGGUUCGUCCGUUAUUCUCUUAGACCUGCAGACGGAGGGGAUUCCGAUUUUUUCAUUCUGCAGGUUGUCUGUCUUCUUUGGCGACUUUGGAAGAAUCGAUGUAAGGCCCAUUCUGAGCAUCACCAAGUUUUUCUAUCUACUUUGGCGGCACAAUGGCAUCAUCAAGUUAAAGAGGCGGACAUGGCAAUUCUUCAGCCUCGUCGAUCUUCUCCGCCAGCGGCAUAUUCGCCUUCUUCUGCAGGUUCCCUUGUUCGCUGUCAUGCUAUGUUUGAUGCGGCAACUAAGUCCGAUUCUGCAGGGGUUGCUGCCUUUGUUUUGAUGGAUGAUUCGGGUGAUUUACGCAUGGCUAAGGCCCAUCAGUAUGUCGGCAUUGGGGAUCCCUACGUGCUUGAAGCUUUAGCUUUACGUGAUUGCUUGAAUGAAUGCUUGAGUCGCCAACUCCGGAAUGUGAUCAUUGGAGAGGAUGCUAAAGUAAUUAUUGACAAGUGUUGUAACAAAGACACAUCGGACGCCAGGAUUGGGGCUCUUCUUCAGGAAAUUAUGUUGCUUCUUGUUGAUCUUGGUGAUGCUAAGGUGGUGUUCGUUGGUCGCAAUAGGAACAGGGUGGCUCAUUUUGUGGCCCGUCGUGCUCUAUCUCUGUCGCCCAGUUAUCUAAAGGGGUUUGACUUUGUUUCGUGGUUCAACAGUAGAUAGGUUUAUUGUAAUCUUGGAUCGGUUUAGUUUCCUCUUUUCAAGAGUGAUCGAUUGGCAAAAAAAAAAAAGCAUCUAUGAUGUAAUUGGUUUCUACUUUUUAGGCCUCACUUAAUGGCCUAUUUUUCUUCUUCUCAUGAAUGAAGCAUAUUCUCUUUAAAAAAUUUGUGUCCAUCUCGAGGGAGCUUGUUAGCGAGGAAAAAUCGAGAGUUUUUUCCUUUUAAAACACGAGUGACGGUAAUAUAAAUAAUAUUUUUGU